GAAAGAGCAGGCUCAAGUCGAUGUGUUUACUGCCUCAGCUGGAUCUCCUGAACAUCAGUGAAGUUUCGGUCAAACUGCACUGAAGAGGACAGUAACAGUUAACCCCAACGAUGACUAUUUUGAAAGCUUCCUUUAAGGCUCCACAGAUGUGUGGUAUCUUCAGUUGUUGUACACUCACAGCACUGCUGCUGUCUUGGGCCUGUUAUGACCCCCACAGCUCUGGACACAGCCAUACUGAUGAUACUAGCUACCACAGGCUGUCCUCCCCCAAUGCUGACUUUGCCUUUGCCCUCUACAAAAGUCUGAAGGCCUACACUGCUGCUGGAAAGAACAUCUUCUACUCACCGCUGGGAAUCUCCACCAUCCUGUCCAUGGUGUCUGCAGGAGCUGGAGGUGAAACCCACAGCCAGCUGUUCUCCACCUUGGGCUACAGCGCCUUCAACCAAACCCAGGUCAAUGAAGCGUACAAACAUCUCUUUGAGGUCCAUGGACACAGUCAGGAGAAUCUACAGCUGGAUGUAGGAAAUGCUGCUGCAGUGCGCUCUGGCUUCAAUCCUCUGGAGACGUUCCUGAAUGAUGUCAAGGAGUUUUACUCUGGUGAGAUCUUCAAGGUCAGCAAGGAUCUCUCUGAGGCUGCAGCUGAGAUCAACAGAUUUAUUGCAAAUAAAACCCAGGACAAGAUCAGAGACAUGGUGAAGGACCUGGAUCCUGCUAUGGUCAUGAUGCUGAUCAACUACGUCUACUUUAAAGGACUGUGGAGGAACCCAUUUGAAAGUUAUGAUACACAUAAGGCUGAAUUUCAUGUGGACAAGACCACCAAAGUUCAGGUGGAUAUGAUGUCAAGGACCGGGGAUUACAAGGUCUACUGGGACACAGCAAACCACGCCACCAUCGUCAGUCUGCCCUACAAGGGCAACGCCUCCAUGAUGAUCGUCCUGCCUGAUGAAGACAAGAUGGAGGAGGUGGAGGGCUACAUCAACAAGGACCACAUCAGACGCUGGAGAGAGUCAGCCUCAAUGGAUUACAUACAUCUGUUCAUGCCAAAGUUUUCCAUCUCUUCUGAUGCUUCCCUGGAGAGCACUCUGAAAGAAAUGGGCAUCAUAAAUGCUUUUGAGGACAACGCUGAUUUCUCUGGUAUAUCUAAAGACUUACCGCUCAAAAUCUCAAAGGCAUCGCACAAGGCUGUUCUCAUUGUCACUGAGAUUGAAACAGAGGCAGCGGCUGUCACCACCAUGGGGAUUGUAUUUAAGUCAGGGCGAAUUCAAAUGUCGCCUCCUCCAACCAUCAGAAUCAACAGACCUUUCUUGGUUUUCAUCAUAGAGAACUUCAGCGGGAGCAUCCUCUUCAUGGGCAAGAUCAACAACCCAACAGCUGAGUGAAGAAUCCAAGAUAAUCAGUCCUACAUCUCAUCACUGGAGAAUAGUUUAUUGUAAAAUCAGGACUCAUUUGUAAACAGGAGGUGUGGGACUCACUAAUUAGCUUAUAAAUUGGAUAAAUGCAGAUACUACAGGGUAUGGUACAAUGGCUGAUAAUACAGAGUUCCUGUAAAGGCCCAUUUAUGCUCAACAUUAAAUACGGAUACAGACAGAGCCUUCUGCCUGUGCUUCGCGUUCAUUUCGUCUGUAUUUCUGCACGUUUCCAUAGAGCUUACGGAUACGAGGGGGCAGUGUUGCUGUCACUACCCAUACGUAGCUCUAGUGAGACAUAAAGAAGAAAUACCAAUGGCGGAACUUUUUGAGGAAAAGAUGUGCAACUUGGUUAGAAACGCUGCCUCUGUUUUUGUCUUUUAUGCAAGAGGUACAUUAUCAAUACCUCCUCCACAGUCGCCAUGUUUGUUUUUGAGUUUGUUGUUGUCAUAAAUUUUGACUCUGGGCUGCCCCCCCGGUGGAUGUAUUGGUUAACAUCUAUGCCAACAUAAAGGACGCUUGGAAGUAUGUGGGCAGUGAUGGUAACAUUGUCUGAAAAGGUCAAACACAUUUUCGUACGUAAAGGGAGUAUAAAUAGGCCUUAAUGGUUUAUACUGAAUUUGCAAGACACUGAUGCUGAAACACCAAUGAUAAUAUCUGGUUAACCCUUUGAUUUCCAAACUAUGAAAUACAUUUGCAAAAAAAUGAUUUGUUGGUAAAAUUGUGUUCCUGCCUCGUCACUGAACAACAUUUCUGGUUUUAUUUUACAGAUUACCCAAUCAGGAAGCAAAUAUGCAAGUCCACCAGCUGGUUGACUCGCCUGUUGCUAGUCAAUCCUGCAGUUAGAAUCCCUAUUGCUUUCAAAAUAAAAUACAACACCAAUAUACCAUGUCUAAUUUCACAAACUGAAUUGAAACUUUACGAAUUCAUCUCACUGGAAAACUUUUGCUCUAUCUUAAAUGAUAGACAACGCGAGUCCAUGGAACAGUGCUUGUGUUUCUAAAUUGUUACUGUGACCACUAUUCUUGCGCUUUAAAAUGUGAUGUAGCUCCAAUUCUUAUUAUUGUCGUGUUGACUUAUUGUGUAUUAUCUGUCUCUUGAAUAUGUAUGAUUAAUUAUGACGUGUGCUGCUGACCUAUUGGCCAGGUCACCCUUGUGAAAGAGAUCUCGGUCUCAAUGGGUUUUUUAUCUGGUUAAAUAAAGGUUAAAUAAAAUAAACCAAAAAAACUAAGUGUAGACUUAAGUAUGAGGUUAUAUUUUUGUCCAUUAAUCCUGUCAUUAAACCAUGAACAUGAAAAUAUCAUCAGAAUACCCAUCAUUCAUGAGUAACCAGUGUCUUACCUGAAAUCCAGUGUUAGAUCCAAUAAUAAGCGUCCUUUAAUCCAUUUGUAAUCCAUUUUCAAUCAUGUACUUUGGUUUUCUUUUGUGGGUAGUGCCAUAUUUGUUGCCAUGCAAUGCAUUGUGGGAGGGGCUGUCGACCAGUGGUAAGCUGUUGCGUCUGUACUGCUUAAAGGAAUGGUACAAAUUAUUCUAACUGCAAUAAAGAGCGUGGACUUUUUGUAUAUAUGUCGAUAUUUUAAAACAGUCACAGAAUGUUUAUUGUUUCACUGUUUUGUCCCCAAGAGAUGAGAGAACAAAUCUGUGCAAAGAAAAGGCUUAUUCACUGUUGUUUACUAUGUUAUCAA